AUGGCGUCCAUUCCCAAUUACACGGAGAUGAUGGUCCUCAUCUGGGUGUUAUGGGGCGUUGCAGUUGGCAUGACUGCAUUCCGAGUUAUCUUCCAAUGGCGACUUCAGCGACGACUGCACGGAGACGACUAUUUCGUCCUCGCGGGCCUUGUAAGCUUAACAGCUUUAACGGCAGUUAUCACGAGGAUCCUACCACAGUGGUUCCUUAUAGCCGAGUACAGCAAAGCCCUCGUGGCAAAUCCCAAGACACCUUCGCCCCUACCCGCGGACGAGAUGACAGCCCGGAAUGUCAUGUCGCUGAAGUUAAUGUUCAGCCAGAUGCUGCUGUUCUGGACAACCCUGUGGGCAGCUAAAUUCUCCAUUCUGUGGUUCAUUAGACGGCUCCUUUACGGUUUGCCCAACUACAUGCGCUGGUGGUGGAGAUGCUUCGCCGCCGUCCUCACCCUCUACUUGGCCUGCAUGCUCUCAAACUUUUUGACGUGCUCGCCAUUGUACCGAUAUUGGAGCCCAGCUGGCUGCAGCUUACCGGAUGACCUGCGGCGGGCCGAUGCGUCGAUCAAGUUUGCGACGAGUGCCGACAUUGUCGCAGACGUAUUAACCAUGAUUCUCCCACUUCACCUCUUGCGAAACUUGACCAUCUCGCGACCACACAAGUUCGGGCUGGCCAUCCUCUUCUCCCUUGGUGCCAUCAUCGUCGCCAUCGCACUCGUGCGACUUGUUCAAGUCACGAAAGCUACGGGUGACUCAGCGGAGGAUCCUACCACAAUCGCCAAUGGUCCAGUGCUGCUGAGCAUGUGGUCGCACAUCGAGUCUACCGUAUCCAUGAUCGUAGCCACAUUGCCAGCUUUCCGUUUCCUCAGGAAAAGAAACGCCAACACAACGCAAACGACGAACAAAUAUUCUGUGGCUACAAUUGGAGGCACUGGCGGGUCACGAUCAAGACCAUGGCAACAUAGCGAAACCAACGAAGCAACAAUACGGGGGAGUGAUAGCCAGACGGAGCUGCAACCAGUUCGUAGUAAAACCUCGUAG